AUGAGAGGUCUUUCAAACCCUUUACCUCUAAUGCUCGAUAGUGUUUUAAAUCUGAUUCUUGAAGGCAAUAGAUGUUCUUUGAUUCAAAUCCUUUCUAAGGAGGAGAUGAAACCAUUUAUUGCUAGAUUUUUGAUGAUUUUAAUAUGCUAUCAACUGCUCUUAGAAAUACGAUAAUAGGUCUAUCUGAAAAAAACAGUUGAAGACUUCAUGCAUUCUGAAUCUCCAUAAAUCUAACUGUGGUUUGUAAAGAGAACCCCACCCUCUGUGAAACUUCAGUUAAGAAUAGGAAACAGAGAAAUCCAAAAAAAUGAAACAGAUUGA